UUUGGUUGGUAAGAGCACAUGACUUUUAGCUAUAUGUCAACAUGGCUGCUCUCUUGGACGAACAUUUCUCCUCCAUGCAAAUUCUUCUGAAGGCUCCAUCGAAGGACACAGUGCGGCAGCUAUGUGCCGACAGUUUCUCUGCAGGAUCUCUUGAGUCGAUGUUGCUCACUGAAAACACGGCAGGAAUUCUCUCCGUAUCCGCAAGUGAGGCCAAACAGCUUCUCGUUGCCCUUCACACUCUAUCUCACCACACCUUGUUCCACCACCUGACGUCACCUGAGGAAGUCUUUGCACUAUUCCCAGAGUCUUUCCACCCCAGCCUCAAGAACCUCAUCACAAAGAUUGUACUUGAACUCAGCCCCACAUGGAGAAAUGACGCUCUUUCUAAUCAAAUCUCACUACCCCAUCUUGUAGAGAUGGACUGGAGAGUUGACAUGAAGACAGCCUCUGACUCUGUGAGUCGUAUGGCUGUUCCCACCUGUUUGGUGCAUAUGAAGAUCGAGGACAAUCUUGGGGAUAGUGACGCUCGCUCCUCAGUGACUGUGGAGUUGAGCAGGGAAACUCUGGACACAAUGCUAGAUGGACUGGGACGCAUCAGGGACCAGCUGUCAGUGGUGGCUGCAAAAUAAGGACAUUCCUGACCUCAGGCCAGGGGUACCAAGUACGUUGGCUUUACUCCAAUCAAGGAAGACAUGAACAUUAUGAAAGCUAUUUCAUACAGGCUAUGUGAAAGCCUGUUCAAGUUUCAAUACUCUUCAGCAAUGAAAGUUCAGUAGGAGAGCAAGUAAAGAAUACAUUUUUGUUUUCCUUUUCUUUUUUACUAUUAACUGGCAGUUGUCAAAAUGUGUUGAUCGGUUCAUGUAUUGUCUAUUGAAAACAUGUCAUUUGAUUGACGUUAACAGUAUGUUAUGACUUUGCAACUUAAGAGUAAAAGACCAAACUUGGUUAUGACACCACAACACAAAUAUCCUGGCAUUCAACAGCAACUUGCCAGAUGGUAAGAUGCAGUACAUAUUUGUAUAUAAUGUACUGAUCAUUUGGUCACAUUUCACUUGGCUUAGCAUUGCACUUGUUUAACCAAAAUGUUUGGCUGUCCAAGACUAAUAAUACAUUUUACCCCCUCACUGUUAUUCACUGUCCAAUUCAAGAUGACCUAUGCUGACGAUUGUUUAUUCAUUUCAAUAAAUUGGCAGAUUUAUUAUUAAAACAUUUUUGUAAAAAG